AUGGAGAAAUUAACACAAUUCGUGUCGAAGUCAUUCGAAAAUAAUAACAAUAACACUAUGAGUGAACAGUGUCUGAACUUGACGUAUGACGUGAAAAAUAAUUCGCCACCGAUCAAGCUCGAAAAAGAUUUCGAUGAGGCGAAAAAACCGAAAAACUGGCUCAUAUCCGACUUGCAAAAAAGCCAAUCUCCCACCAUUGGGAUUGAUCUGAGACUCAACACAUCCCAAAACGACAACGAAAAUGCCGAAAACAGUGAAAAUUCCGACAAACAAACAAAUUCGACGAAAUGGUUAAAAAAUAAUACGGAUGUUAAAAACUCACCUAAAAAUAGUUACUGUUCGAUGUCGUCUCCAAUCGAUCUGGAAGAUUCGAAAUCUUGUUCGGAAACGGUUAUAAGUGAUAAAAAUUUCGACAAAAAGGACAUAAAUGAGGAUAAUAAUGCUACUGAAGAAAAAAUAUUUAUUUUAACGGAAAAAGAGGACAUCGAAGACAGUCUAAGCAGUUCGAGGCGAUCGCCGGCGCUUGGAAAUUCGAUCAAAUCGACCACCAAACAGAGGCGGUCGAGAACUAACUUCACCUUGGAGCAAUUAAACGAAUUGGAACGACUGUUUGACGAGACCCAUUACCCUGAUGCUUUUAUGAGAGAAGAACUAAGCCAAAGACUGGGAUUAAGCGAGGCCAGAGUACAGGUGUGGUUUCAAAACAGAAGGGCAAAAUGUAGAAAACACGAAAGUCAAAUGCAAAAAGGAAUUAUGAUGAACAACCACAGCCCUCCAGCUAGUACCCCCUUGGAACCCUGUAGGGUGGUACCCUAUAUGAAUGUACCCGCUCUGAGAGGGCUCACCUUAACCCCUAGCUCUGUAGCCCUGUCUAAUUACGAAAGAAUAUCAAGUGCUUCGUUUACACAGCAAGGGACAGCCUUUUCUGCCAUUAACUCUGCAUUUAUAUCAGCUGCACAUCAGUAUGCAGCUGCAGUAGCUGUUAGCGGCAAUCCCGCUGCUAGUAUAUUGUGUCAUCCUCAGUAUCCAUUGGAGUUUGCUGCCCUUUCGGUUGCUCAUAAAAAUUCCAGCAUAGCAGAUUUGAGAUUGAAAGCCAAAAAGCACGCUGAAGCUUUAGGGUUAUCGCCAAGAGAAAAACAGCAAAAUUAA